AUGCAAGCUGACACUCCCCCCUCCCCCGCCGCCUGCCCGGGCGCAGUUCGUCCCCCCGGAGUAUGCCUUCGCCGCGGCGGUGGCCUACGCCGCCUGGACGGCCCUCACGGUCGGCGUGGCCCUCUGGUGGUCGAGGCCGCCGGGCCGGCCGCCGGGCUGACGGUCGUCCAGCAGGACAGCCUGCCGACGGCCGGCAACGCCGGCCCCAGCGGGUCGUACUACUCCACCCCGGCCACCAGCCCCUCCAGCCAGUCGGACUCGGGGGCCUCGGACCGGGCCGACCUCGACAGCUACUCGCUGGCCAAGCUGCGCGAGGACGCCUGGCUAUCCCCUCGCAGCCUGUCGGAGGCCACAUCCGAGCAGCACUUCCUCGAUCGCCGCGACCACCGGUCCAUGGACAUCGUCCGGGACCUGCCCUCCUACUUCAGGAACACCGAUCAUUCCAGCGCCUGGACCAUCGAGAUCCCCGGGGUGCUGGACGAGUCGGAGAUCCGCGAGCUGUCGACCUCCGGGCGGGCGUCGCAGCCCACCGACAACUGGCCCUCGGCCCCCUUCGCCAACCACACCAAUGGCCGGCCCCCCAUUCGCCUCUUCGCGCGGCACGCGGUGGACACUUCCUCCAGCGAUGAGAGCGACAGCGAGCCCCCGACGCCGGCCCUCAGCCCGAUGGAGGCCUUCGGCAUGCACCGGCUCCGGGGCCUGUCGCUGCGCCUUCCCCCGGCCUCGGUGUGCAGCCUGUCCGGCCACCCGCGGACCGGGCACUUCUUCAGCGUCGUGCCCGGCGACGAGGAGUUCCUCUUUCACCCGUACCAGCGCGAAAACUGGGAAUGGGACCUCAACGGCCAGCAGGCCCCUCAGCAGCAGCAGCAGCACCAGCAGCAGCACCGGCAGUCCGCCAGCGGUGGCGACAGCCCGGGCCCCUGGCCGGUGGCCAGCUUCCGGCCCUUCUCCGUGCCGGACCCGGAGCUGGUCGGCCUGCCGGCCGACAGCGACCACCGGUCUGGCGAUUACUUCGCCAUCCGGCCGGUGUCGGCCCCCUUUGCCCAGGCCCACGAGGCGGAGGACUACCUGCUGGAUGAUGGCAUCCAUGGCACCGGGUUCGGGGAGGCCCAGCAUGUGGCGGCCGGGCGCGGGGGGGGGGCUCGGCGCCGGCGCCGGCCGGCCCCGGUCAGCCCCAUCACCCGGUACCUGCCGGAUGACAAUGAGCUGGCGGAUUUGUUGGAUUCCAUGCCCUCCGGGCCGCGGGUCUUCCUGUGCUGCCAUGGCGGCCCGGCGGCCCCGGUGCCGGAUGCCGUGCCGCUGACACAGCGUGCCCUGCUGUCGGACUUGUCGCUGGCCGGGCCGGGGGCCAAUCACCGGGCGCCGCGCUCGCUGCGGGCCUGGCGCCGGCAUCUGGCCCGGCAUCUGAGCCAGCCGCUGCCGUGGGACCUGCGCACGCAAUUGGCCCACCCCGGGGGCGGGGCCCCGGCCACGCGGCUGGCCCUGCGCCGGUCGGUGUCUCUGGAUUCGCUGGCUCCGCUGGCCGCCACCGGGGCCCUGUCCCCGGCGUCGGUGGGCGGCGCGCCGCUGCCCCUGCUGCCGGACUUCGCCCGGGUGGCCACCAUGCAGCCCGGUGACCCGAGCAAUGAGCCCUGCCUGCGGGUGUUGGACUUCAUCGUCCGCCUGGCCCGGCACCCGGGCGACAACCGGUCCAAUGUCAUCCACUCGUACUAUGAUGAGUCCUCCAACUGGGAGACCUUCUACAUGCUGAUGCCGGACCGGUACAACCGGCCGGGCUACCAGCACCAGAAGGUCCUCUGGAACCGUGCCUUCACCCUGAGCACCAUCAAGCAGCUUGCCUACUCCCUCAAGUACUUCAUCUCCACCCCCCUGGGACACAACCCGUGCUCCUUCGCCUUCCGCAUCCCGGCCAGCAUCUCCCCCGGGGUGGCCUACGUCUUGGCCCGGGUGGACCGGUCGUACUGCUCCGGCGGGACCUUCUCCUCGCCGGAUGGCGGUCUCAUCCUGUCCUUCCGUAACUUGUCCAACAUCCCCAUGUGCCUGAUGGUGCCCUCGACACACCCGCUGCUGCCAGUGGUGGCCACCUGCGGGCAAGUCAGUCGCCGGGCCGGCGUCGACAUUGUGCUGGCCCUGUGCUCGGCAUCGCGCACUCUCAGCUCCUCGGCCCAGCAAAUGUACCUGCUGCCGGAGUUCCGCUUCGAGUCUUCCUCCCUCCCCUCGGGCCCGGGCCGGUCGAUGGACUUCCUGUCGUCGUCGUAUGGCAGCCGGUCGGCCGCCCGGGCGCCGGCCUUCCUCGGGGGCGGGCCCGCCAACACCUUCUCCUCCCAUGCCCCUGGCUACGGGGACUCCGACAGCAAUCCCAGCGACGUGGACAAGGACCACGACCGGCUGACCCCCGACGGCGAUCUUUCCCCGGGGUUCGGCAAUGUCGGCCGGGUGGUGGUGCCCAACCGGCCGAUGCGCGGGCCCCGGCGCCUGGCCGAUGACGGCCUGUCCGAUGGCAUCCGUGUCCAGGGCUUCGGCGAGGUGCCGUCCGAGCCGUCGGCCGCCGGCCGCCAGCCGGCCGCCAGGCGCAGCACCUCCCCCGACUCCGACUCCGACGCCGACUCCUCCUCCUCCUCCUCCUCCCCCUCUUUGGACUCCUCCAGUUCCAGCUCCGACUCCACCUCCACCUCGGAUUCCUCCUCCGACUCCGGCAGCGAUGACCCCUACCCCCGGGCGCGGGUGUAUCCGCCGCCCCAUGGCCGCGGCACUCGGCGCCAUCAGCGACGCUCGCCCCGCCGGCGGCAUGUCACCCCUCGCCUGCAGAGCGGUGCCCGAGUCCCGAAUGCCUCGGGCCUCCUGGCGCCGGUGGCCGCACCCCCGCCGGUGCUGGCCUCCCCUCGCCCGGCCACCACGGCCACCGAGUCGUCGUCGUCGUCGUCAUCGUCGUCGUCGUCAUUCUCGGGAUCCUCCGACGAGCUGUCUGACGGGGCGCCGGACGCGCCGGUGGCCGGCCCCGGGCCGAGCACCGAGCAGGCGCCCGCCUCGGCCGCGGCCGCGGCCCCGGCGACGAAUGACCCCCCGCCGGUCGCCCCCCCGUCGGCCACCGGUGGCUAUGGCUUCGACAAUGACUCGUCCUCGUCCUCGUCCCCCUCCUCCUCGGACAGCGGGUCGUCCAGCCGCUCGGCCCCCUCGCUGCACAGUGUCUCCUCGCGCCGGCGGUCGGUGGUGAUGCACGCGCCGCAGCGGUCGGCCCACAUGGCCGAUGCCGAGGCCGGCCACGGCGCCGAGGCCGGCCCCGGCGCCCGGUCGGACCACGAUGACGCCGACACGGACGGGCCCGAUGGCUCGCCGAAGCUCAUGAACCGCUUCGACCUGUUCGAGCAGUUUUCCACCCUGCCGCUGGCCGUGCGCAUGCUCGGGCACCUGGGCGCCCUGACCAAGAAGAAGCCCGGGCUGCCGGAGCGGCGGCUGCUCGGCCUGUUGCUGGACCUCCCGGGCCCGAUGACCUCGACCCUGGGCACGGAGCUGCUGGGGCUGUCGAUGCUGGCCCCGGCCUCGCGUCAGGCCCGCAAGUACCAGCCCCUCCUGGCGGCCAUGGACAUUGCCAUCCGCAUGGUCCUCGGGUUUGGGUCCUUCCUGCUGGUGUACAUGGCCUUCCUGCUGCCCGGGGGCUACGGCGCGGCGGCCUUCUCCUCGCUGGCCGCCAGCGCCGGGGCCCCGGAGAGCGCGGCCCACUUCACCUCCACCGCGGUGGGGCUCUUCAUCUGCCUGGCCCUGGGGUUCAGCCACUUCUCCCUCUUCCGGCAUUUGCUGUCGGACUCGGGGCUCUUCAUGCCGGAGUACCCGCUGUCGGCCCUGUCGCGGCCGUUCUUCCUGCUGGUGCUCGGGGCCAUUGUCGCCACCGCCAUCGUCCCUGCCCUCUUCGGCGCCGGGGCCAUCCCCACGCCGGUGACCCUGAUCUCGGUCCUGGCCGAGACCACGGACAACUUCUUCUUCGGCGCCGCGGCCGCCUCAUCCACCCCGCGGGCCCUGGUGUCGCUGAUGCUGAGCGGCGUCCUGGCCGGCGGCGUGGCCCUCUCCUCGGUGUACCUCCUGUCGGACCACUCCGGCCAUGGGUGGGCCCAUGCCCUCGGGGCCCAUGCCGGCAUCACGGUGGUCGUGGCCUACCUCGGGAGCUGGCUGCACCAUUCGCUGGUGGCCGCGCGCACCUCGCCGGCCAUCUUCCCGGUCAUGCGCUCCGGGCCCCUGAAGCGGGUGCACCUGAGCCCGUCCAUCCGGCGGGCCUUCCUCCUGCCGGCCAUCUUCGGGUUCUGGCUCGGCGUCGGGCUGGCCUGCUCGGAGCAGCUGUCCGACGAUGCGGUCGAGGGGUUCCUCUUUGCCACCAUCAUCGCCUCGAUCGUGGCCAAUGCCACGGCGCGGCUGCUGCUGCCGCAAAUCUCCCGGCUCUUCCCCUUCUCCUUCCUGGCCACCACCUACUCCUUCAACCAGCGUCUCAAGUCCGAAUCCAAGCGCCUGCUGGAUGCCUCGUCGGCCGGGGCCUUCAGCCUGACGUCCCUCCUGAGCCGGCCCUGGUCGCUGACCCUCUCCCUGCGGGGCAUGCUCCGGCAUGCUGGCCGCCUCGACGAGUGGAUCCUCCUGCCGCUGGUGUGCCUGCUGUCGGUGCUGUACGAGCUCCGGACCGGGCGCCUGGUGGCCGCGCUGCCGGGCCUCCCGCCGCUUGCCGUGCACAUCCUGCUCAGCAUGCUCGUCCUGCGCAUGCUCCGGUCGUCCUUCGGCAAUCUCUCGGCCCGCAGCCACUACAUCAUGCUCCUGGCGCUGCUGCUGUACCUGCCGUCGGUGAGCUUCCUGGCCGGCUCGCAGCCCACCCCGGCCGACCAGCUGUUCGGCAUCCCCUACCUCUUCCCGAGGUCGGUGCGCGCCAUGGCCCCGGUCGUGGUGGCCUCCUUCCCCAUGACCUACUCGGUGUGCCAGCUGGUCAUGACCUUCUUCUGGCGCUUCAGCGACAACAUCUACAUCUCGCUGCAGCUGUCCAGCUUCUCGCAGCUGAGCUUCCUCCACCUGCUGGCGCUGCCGAUCUUCUCCGUGGCCUCCUCUUCUACGGUCUUCUGCGCCCUGCUGUCGGUCAUCUUCUUCGAUGCCCCCUUCGCCGCCGUGCGCGGGCUCUUCCUGUAUAAGGUCCUGCACCCUCGGCCGGAGCGCUUCUGGGAGGCCAAUCGGGUGAUCCCCCCCCGGACCCAUCUGGCCGCCUUGCGGGGCGUCUGCAGCGGGGCCCAGGGCUACGACCCGCGGCCGGCCUCCCAGCAGGCCAUCAGCCUCAACAACCCGGCGGCCUCCUGGACUUCGGAGACCUUCUACUCGGACCUGACGUACAACUUCGACGAGUUCACCUACUCGCUGAUUGCCUUCGAGCUGGCCAAGGACGGGCGGCUGGGCCGUCUGCUGCGCAACAUCCCGGCCCCGGGCCAGCCGACCGCCCUCGGCACCGGCGGUGUCUUCAACCAGGUGGUCGGCGGGGACAUCCUGCUCAUGCACAAUGACAAUUACUCCUUCCUGGUGCACAUCAUCCACAUCUCCGACCGGCACAUCUCCUUCCAAAUCCGCGGCCUGGAGACCGUGGGCACGGUGUGCCACUCGUCCGAAAUUUCGUCGCUCGACUCGUCCAUCGCCUCGGCCUCGCCCACCAUCAAUGUCGACAACCGGUCGCGGUACACCUACCUGCCGGGGCUGCGGCUGUAUGUGCUGCGCGAUGGGGACGGGAGCUUCCAGCUGGCCGAGCGGGACAACAUCUCGGUUUUGUCCAAGAGCUGGACCCCCCUGUCGGUGGACACGGUCAGCAUCCCCAUCUACUCGAUCAGCAGCAUGCCCAGCAGCGGCUUGCUGACUUCCUACGACAGCAAGCAGGUCCUCCACCGGUACAUCGCCAUGAGCAUCAUCUACCUCCUGGCGACCCCCUUCUUCCGGCCGCUGCUCCGGGCAUGCAUCGAGGCCUCCCGGGCCCCGACGCCCGGGGCCAAGUGCAUGUGCAUGCAUGCGGCCCAGCGGCGGGGGAAGGCACACCGGCGGAAGGCCCCCUCGGGCCGUGCCACCACGGUGGCCACCAUGCCCGAGGCGGUCAGCCCGGCCAGUGGCAUUCCCGGCCCGGCGGAGCUGCUGGGCCCGGCCCGCCAGGCGCCGGCCGCCGCCCCCCCCCGGGACCUGCUCAACACCCCGGUCGAUGUGUCGGACUCCGAGCUGCCGGAGGACGCCCCGGCGGCCGGCCCACUCGCCGGCGACCUGUCGGACAUCGAGGCCGAUCGCGAUGACGAGGACCAUGAUGAGCACCUGCCGCACGACCUGCCCGAGGAGGCCGGGGCUUCGCCUGCCGGUGCGGCCGAUGGCGGCCUCAGUGAGGCGGAUCUGCUGGCGCCGGCCCGGCCGGCCGGCGGCAGCAGCAGCAACGGCAGCCCGCCACGCAGCCGGGCCGGCUCCAUCGGCUCCUCGAGCAGCAAGGCCGGCGAUUCGGCGGGCGAUUCGGUGGCCGCGGCCACGGCGGCCGCCAGCCCGGCGGCCCAGCCCCCGGCCAAGACGCGCUUCGCCUCGCGCGCUGGGCUGCCCCCGGCGGCGCCCUUCUCGGCGCACUACGCUCGCGAGGUGUUCCACCGGCUGCCCUCGCCCUUCCUCAGUGGCUUCAUGGAGUCGGUGGAUGUGGAGUACCGGACCGCGCGCAAGCGCAAGGCCACCAUCCCGGCCGAGCUGCUGGUCCAGCAGCCGGAGGCUGACGGUGCUGCGGCGGCCACCGGCGGCGGCGGCGGCGGCGGCGGCCCCUGCGCCUCGUGCCGCGAGGCGCGCAAUCGCCACCUGCGCGAGCAGCCGGUCCCCCUGGUCCGGUUCCUGGCCGUGCAUGGUCCCUUCAUCGCCGAGUGCCUGGAGCGCUCGGCACAGGCAUGCGCCGAGGCCGGGCCCGGCGACGGCCUGGACGACAUCACGGCCUUCGACCUGGGCCGGGUGGCGCACCUGCUGUAUCUGGCCUGCCGGUUUGCCCUGCACUCGGCCUCCUUCUCCAGCUACUUCUACAACAUCUUCAAGAACUACCGCACCGAUCGCAACAUCUUCCCGCAGGUGUCGCUGCUGGCCAAGAAUGAGACCAAUGCCCCGGACACCACCUCCUGCAUGGGGCUCUUCUAUGUGUUCCGCCAUGGGCUGCGGCUGAAUUCGGAGUUCUCGCUGCGCUUCCCGCGGGAGCUGCUGUGGCUGGUGGACUUCGCGGCGCCCGGCGCCUCGGACUCCAGCCAGAGCGCGCACAAUUUGGUCCUGCUGGCCGUGCAGUACAGCCUCCAGCAGUACCUCAACCACUUCAUCCUCUGCCCGACUUUCAAUGAGCCGAGCGAUGACGGGCAGGCCGACUUCGCCGGGCCCGGGUGCGCGGUGGAUGCCCAUGUUGCCGGGUGCCGGUCGUGCCAGGGCGGCCUGGAGCAUGUGGCGCGGGCGACCGGGCGACCGGCCCGGCGCGGGCCCGCCUGCCAGGCCACCCGGCUGUCGGGCUACUGGAAUGGCGGGAAGUUCGACCGGGCGGACGCGUCGCAGCAAUUCCGCGACAUGCGCCAGCUCAUCAGCCGGCAUCUGGGUGCCGGGGAGUCGCCGGCCCCGUCGAGCCUGUCCGCGGUGCGCACGCUGCCCCUGUAUGGGGUGUCCAUUCGCCGGCCCCGGGGCGUGCUCCAGUCGGCCGGGCUGCUCAAUGACAAGGGGGCCCCUGCCGCCGGGCCGGCGGCCGGCGGUGGCGAUGGCACCGGCGCCGGCGGCGGGCCUUCCGGCGGCAUGCAAAAAUUCGACCACAUCAUCGAGCCCUCGUCCACGAUCUCGGUCAACAUGCUGCUGGUGGCGGCGCCGGCUGCUCCCGCUGCGGGCCCGGGCCCGGCCCCGCCCGGGCCCGGGUCGGGCGUUGCCCGGACGCCGGUGGCCUCCGCGCCGGCCGGCAAGUACCUGGCCUGGCAGGCGCCGGGCCCGGCUCCGGCCGGCGGCCCCGGGGCCGAUGACGGCCAGGCGCGGCCCAUGUCCUGGGCCUCGGGCUCGGGGCACCGUUGCCCGGCCGAAGUGCUCGGCAUGCGCACCAUCGACCCGGCCAACCGGGCGGCCCCGGCCAUGGGGGAGCUCCUGGCACAGGCGCUGGCCGAGGCCCAUGGCGACGACUUCUCCGACUUCUCCGACGAGGACCUCCCCCCGAGCGAGAGCCAGUACCGCGGCCCGACGGCCGACGACGGCCCGGUGCUCAUCUACUCGGACUCCGGGCCGGAGCUCUUCCGCCGGAUUCGGUCCACCACGCCGCCCUGCCUGCUGACCUUCCGCAUGUCGGCCAACCGCCGCGCCGGGUCCCGGGUCAUGUCGCUGAAUGUGUGCCGGUCGUCCUUGGCCGAGCAGAGCUUCAGCGUGUUCCAGCUCCACCGGAGCCUGACCCGGUCCAUUUGGGCCGCCCAGAUGGACGAGGUCCUCCACAUCCAAACCACCUCCUCCGAGCGCAUGUCCAUCCAGCAGCACACCGGUGCCCUGCGGAACAUCGUCUCCCAGUCCGUCGACUCGCCCGUCGGCUAUCCGACCUACGUGUCCCCUGUCCUUGAGUGUGAGCUCUGAGAGGGGCGGCCCGGCGGCCAGAGCGCGAGGGGGGCGGCGGCGGCGGCGGCGGAAGG